AUGGCGGAGGUGUAUGCGACCAUGGACAAGGCGGCCGCGGACGGCAUGAAGACGUCCUCGGACAAGACGGCGGCCGUGACCGACGCCUGGGCGCGCGUGCGCAGCGACGCGACAGCCAUCGACUGGGCCGCGUUCGUCCUCGAGGGCAAGGCCUACAAACUGCGGGCCGAGGGCUCCGGCGUCCCGGCGCUGCUCGAGGCGCUAAGCGAGGAUUGCGUCACGUUCGCGGGCUUCCGGGCGGACGUCGGCGGCGCCGUCAAGUUCUUCCACCUCCUCUACGUCGGCUCCGGCGUCGGCAUCAUCAAGCGCAACAAGGCGCAGCUGCAGAAGAACGCCCCCUUCAACGCCAUGGACGGCGCGGCCGGCGACCUCGAGCUGCCGCCGGACGAGAAGACGGCGGAGAAGCUCGCGGCGCUCGUCGCGGCGGCGUAA